AUGCCUACAGGAAGUGAACUUGCUGCUCCAGAGGGCCCUCUGCACCUUCGUGUGCGCACCAGCCAAGGAAAAACUGGCCAUGCAGAAGUCAUCAGGGUUGUGUACCAGCCAGAGCGCAUCAGCUUUGAGGAACUGCUCAAGGUCUUCUGGGAGAAUCACGACCCGACCCAAGGCAUGCGCCAGGGCAAUGACCAUGGCACCCAGUACCGCUCGGCCAUCUACCCCACGUGCACCGCGCAGAUGCAGGCGGCCCUGCAGUCUAAGGAGGACUACCAAAAGGGUCUGUUAAAGCACGGCUUCGGUCCCAUCACCACCGACAUCCGGGAGGGCCAGACUUUCUACUAUGCAGAAGACUACCACCAGCAAUACCUAAGCAAGAACCCGGAUGGCUACUGCGGCCUUGGGGGCACAGGGGUUUCUUGUCCCCUGGGUAUUAAGAAGUAACUUCUGCUGAUGUGGUAACCCCUGCAAAUUCCAAAAAAAGUGCUCUUCCCAAAUGGGCUGAUGCUCUUCCCAAGUGGGCUGAUGUCUAAGUCACAUCAGUGGCUUUUUGAAGUGCAUUGAUAAAAAUCUGAGUUUUAUUGAAGUUUAAUUUAUAGGAAGUACAAUGGCAAGUUGAUAAAAUGUAUUUGUUUUCUGAUAAUUUAGUGUGGGGAUGAUACUGUGAAAUUUUCUGAAUCAUUUGGGCUCUAAACAGAUUGAGGGAAAUCCUGUGCCCUCCUGUGGCACCUGCCAUGGAGCUGCGGGCUGGGCUGAGAGCUGGGACUUGGGCUCUCCUCGGUGUCCCACCCCACCUCCGUGCCACCUGCCCUCCUGUGCCUUAGGGUGCGUGCCCAGGGGCAGCCUGCACCAACCCGCCCUCGACCACUGUGCCCCAUGGAAUGUGGGGGUGGGUAAGGGACUUCCUGUCGCUUCUCAGUGCUCUGUGCCACAAGAAGUAUGUUAGCUUGAGGGAUUCGAUGCUUUGCUUAUAGCUGCAAGAAAUGCUAUCCUAAUAAACCUACAGUUCAGUGAUA